GAGGUCACGUGCGCGUAUUGAUGGGAACGCAUCGUCGGAGUCACGAAUUAAUUAAACUGUAGGUCCACAACUGCCACAUCAAUCCACAUCAAAUCAAUGAUCAAUGGCCCACCACAUUUGCGCCACAUUCGUCAACCGGAGGCAGGAAGCAGUCGGCUUUCUUGUCUUCUUAGUUUUCUCUCCCUCACUAGUAGCUCUGCUCACGACACUCAGUCGGUGCAAUCAUUGAACACCUAGCGUCAUGUCCCCUGCUGGCGAGACAGGCACAUCGUCUACUCCGCCACGCGCUAAUGCAUCAAAUCAAGGUGGUAGUAAAAUAGAGUUUACCCCCUACAGCCGUGGGGCUUCCGUCAUCAGCGAGAACAUCAGCUUGGUCGGUGUCCAGGUUAAGGAGGUCCGGCCGUGGAUUCAGCGGGACAUCGAGCAGGCCAAGCAGUGCAAGGCAGAUGCAAUGCUGCAAGCCCUCCUACAGCGCGCGUCUUGCGCGCCGUGCGCACCGAAGACGAAACAGCCCGAGCUCCUGCAAAAGUGCCUGAAGGGAGUUCUUCCGGUUUGCAAUGGACAGGUCUCGAAUGGGACGGUAGCCAAGAUUUUUUGGGGAGAGGCUGGCCGCACUAGCGAGCCAAAAAUCCUGGACAAGGUUGAGGAGAUCACUAAGGUGCACCCGACUGUCGAAGGGCAUAUUCCUGAGCUGUUCUGGUGUCAUGCGUUCACAAAUUCCGCGUGCGCCAUCCGAGAAGCCCUCGGUGUUCCGGAAUCCAGCAUGAGCAGUCGCAUGCUCUACAUUCUUGUAUUCCGCAGGCUCUACCCCAUCACGAAGCUUAACGGCAAGGAUCUUUUCGACGUCUGGCGUCAGUGUAUCUUAUGCCACCUCACUUUGUGGAAGGAAGGUGUUCAUCAUCGAGAUAUCAGCCCUGGAAGCUUGUUGUGGUACAGGAAAAACGGCAGACUGAUCGGUGUCUUAAACGACUACGAUCUAUCCUCGUUGGCGAAUGCAGUGGGUCCUCAGGGAAACGAGCGUACGGGCACGGUACCGUUCAUGGCGCUCGACCUUCUCACCAAAGAGGGUCAACAAGGCAAAGCGAAAUAUCUAUAUCGCCACGAUCUAGAAUCGUUUAUGUGGGUUUUCGCUUGGAUUUGCUUUCGUUAUAGGCAGGGAGUCCUUCUACUGCGGAGAUCGCGCCCUCUCGACGAGUGGGCGACUUCACACGCCAUUGCAUGUGGCGUGAAGAAGUUAGCCUUUCUGACGAAUUUGAGCCAUUAUCUACCCGCGGAUUUCCGAACUUCUCAAUCGACCAUAGAUUUGUCUUUAUUGGCUCUCCUUGUGGACUGUUUUCGGGUCCUCCAGGCAGCUAACUCCAAUCGCGCUGAUGACAUGUACCAUAACCUCGUUGUUGAGCUGGGAUGGAUGGAAGGAACAUACGAGCAGAUAGAUGCCGAGGAAACAGUGUCGGAUAUGGAUGAUUUCCUAGGCAAAUUCACAGGUACCAAGGCGUGGGUUAAGCUCAGCAACACUUUACCUUUAUAGUGGUCGUUACACUACCUAUUUC